GCGCAUGCGGGCGCCAGCCUCUUCCUUUCGCCUCAUUGCCUCCGAGAAAGCAAGAUGGGUCAUCAGCAGCUCUACUGGAGCCAUCCGAGGAAAUUCGGCCAGGGUUCUCGUUCUUGCCGCGUCUGCUCGAACCGGCACGGCCUGAUCCGGAAAUACGGCCUCAACAUGUGCCGCCAGUGCUUCCGCCAGUACGCCAAGGACAUCGGCUUCGUGAAGUUGGACUGAGUGACUUUCCUUGAAUGGGUCAUCCAAGACAUCUACCCACAGCAGAAACAAUGCUAGUUGUUUGUACAUAAAAUAAAAAAAAUACU